CACUGUCCGCCUGCAGUCGUGUGUGGCUCGUGCCUCGUCACAGUCGUUGCGCUUCACUUGGUUUCUUCGCGACACGCGCGCGCGUGUCUUCAAUUGUUAUCAGAAACUUGUUUAAACAUCAUCGUUUCAAAUUAAGCACAUUAAGUGUCGCACUGUUGUUGUAACUACAUCAAUCUUGGGUUAUUUAGGUAAUUUUGAAGAACAACGAACUGGAAUUUACGACAAUUUUCAGAUUAAAAUGCAGCUUUACCUAAAGCUGUUAAUCCUGGCGCAUGCCGCCAUCUUGAUUAACGCUCACGGUCGUCUAAUGGACCCGCCAGCGAGGAAUUCAAUGUGGCGUUUUGGGUUUCCGAAUCCUGUUAAUUACAAUGACAACGAAUUGUUUUGUGGUGGUCGUGGAGUUCAAUGGGAACAAAAUGGCGGUAAAUGCGGUGUCUGUGGUGAUCCUUAUCACGCUCCAAAACCACGUCCACAUGAAGCCGGAGGUGUUUAUGCAAACGGUAUAAUCUCCAGACAUUACUCCGUGGGACAAUCUGUUGAUAUUGAAAUUGAACUUACUGCGAAUCACUACGGACGUUUUGAGAUUUUCCUUUGCCCGAAUAACAAUGCUGCACAAGAAGCAACGACAGAAUGUCUACAACGUUAUCCAUUGUAUAUUGCUGGCACGAAAGAAGUCGCAUUCCGGAUUCCGGUUGAUGGUAAAAAGAAAGCCAUCUUUCGGUACAAUGUGCAACUACCGCCCUAUGUGACAUGCACGCAAUGCGUGUUGCAGUGGUCGUACUACACCGGAAACCAAUGGGGUGAUUGUGGAAAUGGCACCACUGCCGAAGGUUGUGGAGAACCGGAAACAUUCCGCAACUGUGCUGAUGUUGCUAUAUUAUCAAACGUUGGCGGAGGUGUACCACCAUUGUUUGUGGGCGUGGACAAUCCAUACAUUCUGUUUUAUCGUGAUGCUCGUCGUCCGUCACCAUACAACGUUUUCCCGUUGAUUGUCAGAGAACAAGUUUGUGUUGCAAAUGCUAUUUAUCGAAUGAUUCCGGGUAUUGAUGACUGGUGCCAGAUUAACUGCAUGAAAUAUCCACCGAAUUGUCCAGCGAAAGUGUGUGCUUGUCCUACAACUUGUGAUGCUAUCGGUGAACACGCUGGUAUACGUGACGCUGAUGUUCAUUGUAUGGAUCAAUGUCUGUACUACAAGUCUGAAUGUCCACGCGACAAAUGUCGCUGCUACGAAGAAUAAAGAUGGCGUUGAUGCUGUCAGCCAUUUUGAACGCUUAUCGCUUACGAUACUCAAUUAUUUUUUUUAUUAUGUGAAUAAAUGUUUUGUAAUAUCAAUAAAAUACAUUUUUACAUUUUA